UGUAUUUGAAUAUGCGGUGCUGUGUAGUCUCCCGCCCAGUAGGGGUCGCGCCACACAGGUUCUCUGUGAGUAGUGGCUGGACGGAGAAGCCGGCGCUGCUUCUGUUUCCUGGUGAGUGGAUGUAAACAGAAGGAGGACGUUCACCUGUGGAUGGUAGCAGCAGCAGCAGCAGUGGUAGCAAACAUGAGCAGACUGGAGCUGUUGAACGUGUUUGUGAACGACAGGCUGGCGGCGGCCGGGGAGGAGAUCGUCCGCGCCGUCAAAGACGCGCUGGUCGAGUAUCAGAGUGAGAUCCUUCGCUCCAAGGAGGAGAACGAGCGGCUCAGACGACUCCUGAAUGUGGCCGUGCAGCGGCUGCUGCUGCAGCAGACAGGUGAACAGCAGCGGACAGGUGAGCAGCAGCAGCAUCAGCAGCAGCAGCAAAGGGCCACGUCCCAUGAAAAGCACCCCUGUUUGUUAUGCAGCAUGGCUGCUGUCAGUGUUGUCGCUGUCACUCAGACACUCCUUUCCUUGAGCAGUUUACACACUUCACUCUCCAGUCAGGAAAAAGAAGAGAACAGGGAAACCAAUGCAGGCCAGGACAAGAUAGCAGUUGAGACAACAAUAUUUUCCUUUAUCUGCACCAAGAAUGACUAUGAUGUUGUUCACUUUUCAGAACCUGUUCCCACUGUCCAUCCCCAAGAUGAUGGUCAGCCCUGUGAGUGGAGGAACAGUAUGGAGCUGCUGCCUCAGGUUAAAGAAGAGCCAAACCUCAGAAACAUCCAAAUAGAUUGUUCAUAUGAGGCAAGAGACUCAGAGGAAGGGAACUGCAGUCACACAGAGACAGUACAAGGGUCACUUCCUCUGCCAGCUGAGACUGUGUGCAGCAGACGAAGCGUCUCCCCACCUCAACUCACAUCCCAAGAGUUUAAGACAGAGGGCGACAGAAAAGAGAACUCUUCCAACAGCUUAGCAUCCUCUCUGACUGAUCACACAGACUGUAGCCUGGCUCAGAAGGACUCUUGCUCCAGUGCAGCAAAGAGUCACAGAACUCAGAAAGCAGAGCACCAGGUUAAAGGGUUACUCUGCUCAAAUGGAAAACAGAGUGUGCACGUCCUGCAGAUAAAGAAUGUGAGAUCCCUAAAGCCUCAGCUGCCUCGCGCCUCUCACCCAAGCCAGAGCAUCCAGAGGUGGCACAGCUGUAAAGAGUGUGGGAAAGGCUUCAGCUUUGCCUGCCAGCUGGAGGUCCACAUGCGUUGGCAUACUAAGGAGAAGCCAUACAGUUGCACGGUGUGUCGCAAGAGCUUCACCACAGUCAGCAUGCUGAAGAGGCACCACCGCAUCCACACUGGAGAAAAGCCCUUCCGCUGCCACGUCUGUGGGAAAUGUUUCAACCAGUCGGCACACCUCAACACCCACUUCAGGCUCCACACCAGAGAGAGGAGCAGCUGGGGCCGAUCAUCGCACACCAAGUGAUUCCGAGCAACAGGAAAUCAAUUCGUCAACUAAUAAUAACUUCCCGAAACUGCGGAAAAUUGAAACUUUCCGGCUCACACAGUGUACGAAACUGGUGUUUGAUUGUGUGUUAUUGUUCAACAUUGUUAUUGUUGUGCAAUAAAGUGUGGCAUACGACAUUUUCAGUGACACUGAUUGCACUUAACAGAAAAUAUUUGUGCCACAUCUUACUCACCUGUGUCAUAGUCAAAUACAGACAAAGCUGUAACAAAUCACAAAUACAGGCAUUAAUAACAAUAAAAAAGUAAAAGUAUGAACUUUAUGAACUCUUUCUGCUAUGACCAAUCAGAAAAGGUCAGACUCUAUUAUUGUUAUAUUUGACAUUGUGCUGUGGUGGUUAGCACUGCUUCCUCAUAACAAGAAGGCCAAAGGUUUGACCUUUCUGUGUGGAGUUUGCAUGUUGUCCUGAGGCCAGUGUGGUUUUUCUCCCACAGUCCAAAAACAUGCAGAUUGUGAUUAUGUUAAAUGUGGACUCGAAAUCGACCGCAGGUGUGCACGUGAGUGUGAGUGGCUAAAAAGGGUGACCUCUCCAGGAUAUCUCCACACUGCCUCGAACCCACUGUCAGCUGAGAUUAGCUUUAGCUCACUCUGGGGGCUUUCAUUUGCCCCAGCACAACACACUAUGGUUUCAUGUUUUAUUUUUAUUUUUUUAAAGAAAGCUACAAAGCAGAUUUCAACUGUCAUUAUUGAUGGUUCAGAAUCAACUAAAAAAUAAAUGAAAAGUAUUUUGUUGUGUGAUGAAGAUAUGGUGUACAUUUGUGGACAAUGAAACUGUUGCGGAAAGAGUCAGAGUCACAUCCUGUUGCUUUACAGUAGUUUCAUAUGGAAGUCAGGUGAUGUGACGUAAAGCAUCCCUCUUGAUUCCACAUAAUGUCAUAAUUGCAUCAGAAAACCUUUUUAAAAAAAAGAAGAAGAAGAAAACCACAUUACAGUGUAAUUUAGUUCAAAGCCCAGAAAAAGCAUUUUCCUAUGAUUGAUGUCACAAUCGCAAGGUCUUGG